UUCACGUGACACGCCCCCCUGGUCGAUGGGAGAUCGACGUCACCUCGCCGCCGGAGGAGUGGAUGGCCUCUAAUGAAAUUACGUGAGGAGAACCGAGGAAAAGGAGAAGAUUGGCCGCCGGAGGASAAGGAGGAGGGGGCGUGAGAGGAGAGGCAGCAGCAACACGGUGUCGUUCGUUCAGUUUUUCCCUCACUCCGCCGCGGACAGGAGCGGCUUGAUUUUUUUUAAAAUAUUUAUUUAGCUCGAGCUGAGGUAUUMUUAUUGUUGUCCCUUCGCCGCCGCGUGUGGAAGGCUCCGACUGAAAAACAUCGUGGCGACACGGCGAGAUAACUGUUUCCCACACAGCCUAGCGGAUUGGAGUGAAAGUCCGCCAUAUUUCUGCCUCACCACGCCCGGGAGUGGAGCCACUGGAAAACAAACGGACAUAUCUGUUUCAUGGCUUUCCCCCGCCGCCCCACUCSAAUGCCGACAUGAAGACGAGGUAUAUUUAGUGGUCAGGGAAAUAAAAAAUAUAUAUAUACAUAUUUAUAAAUCAACCUCGAGGACUUUUUUGUUUUGUUUUUGAAAAGGCAUGGACGACAGUGCCUAAAACGAGAUUACACACAGACUGAAGGAUGUGUGUUAAAACGAUCUGUUGAUCAUAUUUGAGACGGAAAACAGCUUUACACCCAGUUAAGACUUGCACCGUUUUUGAAAAAAGGCCCGUAAAGCGAACCGAAACACGGGACACAGAGAGAGCAGGAGGUCGGUAAAUUCUGAAAUAUUAAAACACUCCCCUCUCCAGGAGUCUGGACCUUGUUACGCGUGUUUUCACCCAGGAAAACAGGCCUGUAUGAGGACGUUAUUUUGACAUUCACAGGCCUCUGGUUUUCACCACCACCCCCUCCCCGACGAAUGUGAAAUCUGGAUGACUCAGUAAGAGGGGAGAAAGCGGAAUUGUUUGUGUUUUAAAAGAAAAGGAUCGAGAAUGACCCUGGAAUCCAUAAUGGCGUGCUGCCUCAGCGAGGAGGCGAAGGAAGCCCGGCGGAUCAACGACGAGAUCGAAAGGCAGCUCCGCCGGGAUAAGAGGGACGCACGCCGGGAGCUGAAACUGUUGCUUCUCGGCACUGGUGAAAGUGGAAAGAGCACAUUUAUCAAACAGAUGAGGAUUAUCCACGGCACGGGCUACUCUGACGAGGACAAACGAGGUUUCACCAAAUUGGUCUACCAGAACAUCUUCACGUCCAUGCAGGCCAUGAUCCGGGCCAUGGAGACUCUCAAGAUCCCCUACAAAUACGAGCACAACAAGGGGAAUGCCAACAUUGUUCGAGAGGUGGAUGUAGAAAAGGUCAACAUGUUUGAGAAUCCUUACGUAGACGCAAUCAAGAGCUUGUGGAACGACCCGGGCAUCCAGGAGUGCUACGAUCGAAGGAGGGAGUACCAGCUCUCGGACUCUACUAAAUAUUACCUGAACGCACUGGACCGGAUCGCAGAGCCGUCCUAUCUUCCUACGCAGCAGGAUGUGUUGAGGGUUCGCGUCCCGACCACGGGCAUUAUUGAAUAUCCCUUUGACCUGCAGAGCGUUAUAUUCAGGAUGGUGGAUGUCGGAGGUCAGAGGUCGGAGCGGAGGAAGUGGAUUCACUGCUUUGAGAACGUCACAUCCAUCAUGUUCCUGGUGGCGCUCAGCGAGUACGACCAGGUUUUGGUGGAAUCGGAUAACGAGAACCGGAUGGAAGAGAGUAAAGCCUUGUUCAGGACGAUAAUCACGUACCCCUGGUUCCAAAACUCCUCKGUCAUCCUGUUCCUCAACAAGAAAGACCUGCUGGAGGAGAAGAUCAUGUACUCUCAUCUGGUGGACUACUUCCCAGAGUAUGAUGGUCCGCAGAGAGAUGCCCAAGCAGCUCGCGAGUUCAUCCUCAAGAUGUUCGUGGACUUGAACCCCGACAGCGACAAGAUCAUCUACUCCCACUUCACCUGUGCCACCGACACGGAGAACAUCCGCUUCGUCUUUGCCGCCGUCAAAGACACCAUCCUGCAGCUCAACCUGAAGGAGUACAACCUGGUGUAGAGCGAGGUGGGGCGGGGCUUCCACCUGCAGGCCCCUGACACACACUGACUGAUUCAAUCUGUGAAAUGAUAGAUUACACACUCGCAUACACACGUAUAGAAAAAUAUCUGAGACAAAAAUGAUAAUCUAACGGUUGCAUAAUACAAAUUCACCUGCCAUUUAAUGACCUCUGGGACCCCGAGGAGUGAUAAACGCUAUCUUGCUCAAUCUGGGGUUGAUAGGAAAUAAGAGGAGGGGAGGCGGGAUGUUUUCAAAGGAAUGCAGUGUGCUCCGUUCCUUCUUGCCUUUUUAUAAACCAAGAAAAAGAUGUUUUUUUUCUUUGGGUUCUUUUUUUUAACCUCCCCCCCCGCUCGCCCGUCGCUUCAUUCUGGAGGUCCAACAUGAACAUUCACCUAACAGGAAGUGAUGUAAUAGCCUAAUUGUCAGCUUCCAUUAUUUCUUUAACAGACAGAUUGGCAAGUCUCUUGUUAAGUAGGCAUAAACUGUAAUUUUUAAAUUAUUUGUGAUUGAUUUGAUUACCAUGAAUCAUCGUUAUUAUCAUUAUUAUUGUUAUAUUGCAUUGGUACCAUUYGAUGAGUCGAGUGUGAGAGACUGUGGAAGCACAUUCCUUGGAAUGGAAUUUUUGGUUGAUCUGUUGCCGAGCAGAACGAGGAACUGGCUUUGAUUUAAAAACGCCAUCAGAGCAGCUCCGUCACAUCGUCGAGGAGUCGCAGCGUCUGCGGCGCUCUCUCUCCUCAGACUGCCCGGAGGCGAAGGAGGUGAUAAUUUAUGAGACAACAUGAAUAAAUGUCCAUGUUCCACUGUGCCACAAUGAUGCUUUUUCCUACCAGAGCAUGUGUGUUUUCUCACCGAUGCCAAAACGAGUCGAGCACCAGACUCCCACUUUGCACUGGUAGCUACUUCCAUGAGACGAAGUGUUUUAGGAACGAUCAAGGCCAUUAGCACAGAAGGAACAGACUGAUGGAUUUAACUGACUGACGUAUUGAUUAGCCAGCUGAUUCCUGCAGGUUUUAAAGUAUUCUCUUACCCCCCACCUGUACCCACACUCACACACACUGACACACACUCAUACAAGCCUUUUUCACCUCACUGAACUUUGUCGGAUCACAACUUGGCGCAGCGCAAAAAAAAAGCCUUCUUUUCCUCGCCAUAGGCCUUCAUGUUGUCCAGUCACAGAUCAGCUGUACCUUUUGUGUCCAAUCACAGCCCGGCUAUGUUGACUGUUGUCAUAAUCAAUUUGGCUAGUUGCUAUUUAAAAGGGUCCGAGUGUUGAUUUGUACCAAACUAAGCCUCUUUUUAUGUUUAGAAUUGGCAUCUCUUUAUCAUGCAUUUCCCAAAUUUACUAAACAUACUUUCUCUUUGUAACAGUUCCCUAAAACACAAGCCUGUAAUUUACAUUUAUUGAGGCAUAGUGCAAUUAUGAAUGCUAUAAUCAUUGUACAUACAUCUCUCUAUAUAUAUGGCAGCAUCUUCGUUGGCUUUGUAAUCAUUACCCUUUUUUUUCUUUUUGGCAGAUUGAAUGUGCGGUAUUGAAAAUAUGUAUCUAUGUAACUGUAUUCUGUCUAAUGGCUAAUUCAUUUUUGGAAAAAAAAAUUUUUA